AUGAGCGGCCUGGGCGGACUGAACAAAACCUCUGGUGGUAUUGUCAUUGCCGCCGUGCAAUCCCAGCUCUUCCACGUCGUAACACCCUUGGACCUCUCCACCGCAACCGAACAUGUCUGCUCGCUUGUGCGCCAAACAAAGCGCGCAUAUCCUUCCACAGAUUUAAUUCUGUUUCCCGAAUACUGCAUCCACGGUCUCUCAAUGUCCACGUCUCCAGUCAUUAUGUGCACACUCUCCGGCCCCGAGGUUGCUGCCUUCCAAGCGGUGUGCAAGGAAGAGAAAGUCUGGGGCAUCUUCAGCAUCAUGGAAGCCAACUGCAUUUCCCCGGGUGCAAAUCCGUGGAAUACAGGUAUCACAAUCAAUGCCGAUGGAGAGAUUGUAAAUUGCUAUCGAAAAAUGCACCCGUGGGUUCCAGUCGAGCCCUGGUAUCCUGGCAACCAGGGAGUUUCCGUUUUCGAGGGCCCCGGAGGCGUGAAGAUGAGCCUCAUUAUUUGCCACGAUGGUAUGUUCCCCGAGAUGGCCAGGGAGGCGGCUUAUCGUGGCGCCGAGGUCUUGCUCAGGACUGCUGGAUACACAAGUCCGAUUCGGCAGAGUUGGGAAAUGACAAAUCGGUCGAAUGCCUUUACGAAUCUUAUGUAUACCGUCAGUGUUGCCCUGGCUGGUACUGACGGCACAUUUCGGAGUAUGGGUGAGGCGAUGUUUGUGAGUCCCGAGGGAGAAAUUCUGGAGAGGGGUGAUGGUACGCCUGACAAUAUUAUUGCGUGUGAACUGAGGGUGGAAGAGGUCAGGAGAAGGAGGCGAGAAUGGGGCGUGGAGAACAACUUGUUCCAGUUUGGUCAUCGAGGCUACGUUGCUGUUACUGGGGGAGCUGGAGAUUGCCCUUACAAAUACAUGAGGGAUUUAAUGCACGGUAACUAUAGGCAAGCGGAAGAUGAAGAAGUGGUGGUCCGAGAUGGGACCUCCUGCGGGUUUGAGAAGCCUACAGCAGAGUACGUCCACGACAAGUAG